AUGGAGAAAGGGGGAGUAGGCUUUCAUAUUCUGAAAGUGAACUUUCGACAGGUCCCGCCAGUGGCUUCAGAAGCCAGCCAGCCAGCUGAGCCCCCGUUCUUGGAGUCCCCUGGAGCAACGGAAGGGCGGGGACCCACACCCGGAACGACCGCGGCCCCAGAGUACCCCAUCGCUGCCUUUCCAGCCUGGCAGCCAGAUGCCACGGGCCAAACCUUCUUCCCGGACUGUCACUACCACUGCCUGGAUGCCAAGAAUUACCACCUCCAGCCGGCGGGGGCAGCGUAUGGCAUGAUGAACCCCUUCCCCUCCAUGGAAACUGGCGUUUACGGGGGCUCAGGGCCUGGAGGGGCCGAGGAAGCGUAUGGUUCUAAAAUGACACCGGUAUUGGAUUAUGAGAAGUCAAUCGCUGAACCCCAAGGCUCCAACCUCUACCCGCUUCCUGGGGACACCUGGAUAGAGCCAGGAGGACAGAAUACCUCUUGCUCCCUUCCCUCUGAGAAUUAUCCAGCCACUUUGGUGGAGAUUGAUCCAGGGGAGCUGGCCCAGGCUCGGGCGAAGAUCCGGAAUAUGGAGCUAGCACAGCUGCUGCAGCAGGACGAAGACGGGGACAUGCUCCUCCAUCUGUUUGUGGCCCAAGGCCUCCGCCCGCUGGCUUACGCCGCAGCUGAGCUGCUCCGAGACUGCGGGCAGCUGGAUGCCAAAGAGCACCGGGGGAAGACUCCACUGCUCGUGGCGGCUGCAGCAAAUCAGCCAGGAAUUGUGAAAGACUUGAUCACGCUGGGAGCUGACGUCAACGCGGUGGACCAGAAGGGCCAGACCGUGUUGCACUUCGGCGCCACCUAUGGGCUGCCCAGUGUCAUUGCUGCCGUUAUGAUGGCCGGUGUGUCUGUCAACGUGGAGGCCAGAAAUUUCGAAGGUCUGACCCCCUUGCACUGUGCCGUCCUCUCUCACAACACGGCCUUCCAGGCACAGGGCAUGGAGCCGUUGCCUCAGCACCGCCUGCCGGAUCUACUGCUCUGCCUCCAGCUCCUCCUGCAACUCGGGGCUGACUAUAAGAGCCAGGACCUGAAGAGCAGCAAGACUGUCCUGCAUUUGGCUGUCCAGGCUGCAAACCUGCCUCUCGUCCAGUUCCUUCUCCAGCUGCCCGAUCCCCAGAACUUCGUCAAUAUGAAGGCCCAUGGGAACACGGCCCUGCAUAUGGCCGCCGGGCUCCACAAGCACCCCUUGCAGAAGCAGAUUGUGCUUCUGUUGCUGCAUCACUGGGCCGAUCCCACGGCCCGGAACCUGGAGAACGAGCAACCCGUCCACCUGCUGGCUUCAGGGCCGGCCGCCGAGGAGCUGCGCCAGCUGCUCCGGAGCCGCCGCCCGGGCGCUGCCGGGCUGACUCCUCUCCUGUCUGGUCCGUGA